GUCAUUCGUUGUGCAGGGGAGUAUAGGCUGUGUUGUCAACCCAGUGUCAGUCUGAUGAAGAUUGGCAUUCAGAGCGCAGAGAAGGGGAGAGGACGACAAACUGCGAGGAAAACAAAGGCCAACAUUGAAAGCUGUGUUGCUGAGGACAAACCAACUGGUCUCAAUGUGAAGCUGUCCCAUGAUGCAACAUGUGUCCCCAGCACCAGCACUGACAAUGAUGGCCACUCAGAGUGUUCCUCCACCAACAUACCAGGAGAGUCAACAGAUGACGGGCACCGCUCAACAGAACUCCAAGGCACAGCCGGUUCACAUCCCAGCAUCCUCGGCUGCAGGGGCCACUCCAGUCAGUGUGACCCUUGACCCCCAGGCCCAGCUGGAGUCUGACAAGCGUGCUGUUUACAGACACCCCCUCUUCCCGCUGCUCGCCCUGCUAUUUGAGAAGUGCGAGCAGGCCACGCAGGGCUCGGAGUGCAUCACCUCCGCCAGCUUUGACGUCGACAUCGAGAACUUCGUCCACCAGCAGGAGCAGGACCACAAGCCUUUCUUCAGUGAGGACCCCGAGCUGGACAACCUGAUGGUGAAGGCCAUCCAGGUCUUGCGGAUCCACUUGCUGGAGUUGGAGAAGGUCAAUGAGCUCUGCAAGGACUUUUGCAACCGCUACAUCACCUGCCUCAAGACCAAGAUGCACAGCGACAACCUGCUGAGGAACGACCUGGGCGGCCCCUACUCCCCCACGCACACCUCCCUCGGCCUACAGCAGCUGCUCUUUGACCCCACCUCCUCAACAGUCCAGACUCUUAAAGGCUCUCUGGACGUCCUGCAGAGCUCCACCCCGUCCAUGACAGCAGUCUCCAGCUCUGUCAACCCCUCAGGCAUUGUGGUCCCAGCCGGCACCCUGCAGCAAGGCAAUGUCGCCAUGACCACCAUCAACUCACAAGUGGUAUCAGGUGGGACGUUGUAUCAGCCGGUUACCAUGGUGACGUCACAGGGACAGGUGUUAACUCAGGCUUUGCCCCAAGGGACCAUCCAGAUCCAAAAUGCACAGGUAAACCUGGACCUCUCCUCUCUCCUGGACAAUGAUGACAAGAAGUCGAAAAACAAGAGGGGCGUCCUUCCGAAGCACGCCACCAACAUCAUGCGCUCCUGGCUGUUCCAGCACCUCAUGCAUCCUUACCCCACGGAGGACGAGAAGAGGCAGAUUGCGGCUCAAACGAAUCUCACUCUACUACAGGUCAACAACUGGUUCAUUAACGCCCGCAGGCGAAUCCUCCAGCCCAUGUUAGAUGCCAGUAACCCUGAUCCAGCUCCCAAGGCUAAGAAGAUGAAGUCUCAGCACCGUCCAACCCAGCGCUUCUGGCCCGACUCCAUUGUGGCCGGUGUCCUUCAGACACAUGGAGCCCACUCCACCAACAAUUCUGACAGCUCCCUGGCGAUGGACAGCCUUCAGCCGCUGUCCUCGGACUCAGCCACUCUGGCCAUGCAGCAGGCCAUGCUGGGGGGAGCGGAGGACUCCAUGGACGGCACAGAGGAGGAAGAGGAAGAGGAGGAGGAGGAGGAGGAGGAAGAGGAGGAGGGGAUGGAGGAGGAAGAGGAGGAGGAGGAGGGGAGGGGCGAGAGAGGGAGGCGGCUGCACGGUCCAGGUGUGAGGGACCUGGCCCUGGAUCACGGCGAGGGCCUGGAGUGACGGGAGAGGAGGAGGAGGAGCAGGAGGAAGAGGACAAGCCCCCC